UGUUUAAUUGCGGCUUUGAAUGAACUGAAUUGUUGCUUUUUAACGCAUAUUAUAUAUAAUAUGUCGGAUUGCACACGGUCACUUCUUCUCUGAGGUUUUCCUGGCAACACGCAGAAUCCGUAACAAUGCUACAGUAGGUGAUUGGCGCUCAUCAGCACCUGAAGCCACAACGAUCCCUUUGUUUAAUCAUGAGCAUCCAAUCUGAGUGUGGAUGGAGUGUGUGAAUUGUGUAGAGCUCCAUGAGCUCAGGCCCUCGGGACAUGGCAUCGAAAACACUUCUUUCUGUAAUGAGGAAGAGGAAACCAGGGUAUGUGGUGUUAAUUCCAGGACAACAAGUCAACAUUUCCCCUCUGACAGUGGCGGUGGAACUAGCUCUCAGAUUCUUCAAGGAGAUGUUUACUCGGAUGAAGAACAAGAACCAGUAUAUGAAGAGCAUUCUGUUGAUUACAGCUUCAUGUUGGCAUUGGUUUUUCUCAUAAGUGGAAUUGUUUUAGUUGUCAUUGCCUACAUCAUUCCACGGGAGGCUCAAAUAAAUCCAGACCAGGUUACAGCACGCCAGAUGGAAAAGUUGGAGAUGUACUAUGCGCAGCUCAGCUCUCACCUUGAUAAGUGCAUCAUUGCUGGACUUGGCUUACUCACUCUAGGUGGGAUGCUCUUGUCAGUUCUGUUAAUGAUUUCUCUAUGCAAAGGUGAACUUUAUCACCGCAAAAAAUUUGGCAUUUUAAGGAGAUCUAUGAAGUCCUAUGGCUCAAUAAACAUGAGGAUGGGACAGUUAGCAUCUGGAAAUGGAAGUGAACCUAUCACGGAGUGUUAUUCAAGCACAGACACUUAGGAUGCACUUAGUGCUGAAGAAAAUCUAAGGCAACCUCAGUAGCACAAGCCCAAACAGUGCCUGCCACUCAAAUAGCCGAUUCCCAAAUGGCUCCUUACUUCUAUAGACUGUAAGUACACAAUGAACAAAUGAACAUGAAGAGACACUUUAAUGAUAUAAAAGGUACCAUAUAUUUGAAUCUUAGCUGGGAUUAUAUAAGAUCAACCUGUAAAAGAAUACAAGAACACUGAAUAUAUAAAACAGUCCAAGGGUGCCAUGACCUACUGCGAUAAAAUUUUUCCCUUCUUCUACCAAACAAAAUGCAGCAUAUGAAAGUAUAUAUUAACUAUAAUAACUUGUAAAUAAUUUUAUACAGGUUUGUUAAAUUAGAUUUCUGAAAGAUAGCAGUCUGAAACCCCUCACAACAUUGCCUUAACCAUUAUAAUCUGUCGAUUAGGCCAUCCUUAAAAAAUAUUCUUGUUUGCUGUAACCCGACCGACCCUGUCAAUUUAGGACCAACUCAAAUGUAUUUUUUUUUUUGCUUUAAGUCCGACCGACUUGACGGUUGUAAAUUUGCGUUAAAAAAUGUUUCUCUUUUUACAACAGAAAUGUGAAUGGUGUGUUUGACUGAAGGCACAGGUUGAAGACCCAGUCAGUGACAUCACAAUAUGCUAAUUUGUUUAAAUUCAUACCUACGCAAUCACCAUCACCAAAAUUGUACUUGUAAAAAAAAAAAAAUAGACCUACCUACCGACCCCUUUUUUUUUUUCUCUCCUUUCUUUCUUUUACUGUUACUGCAAACCAAAAUAUUUUAAGGAUGGCCUUACACUUAUGAAUUAGGAUAGGACAUUAAGAAUAGGCAAUUUAGAAAUUGUUGCGUUUUAUUUUGUUGUAGUGAAGCCUCAAAUUUAUACAGCAGAGCAUAACUGAUACACAGAUUUUAUAUGCAAGAAAUACAUAAAUGACAGCAUAGAAGCAUAUAUUCUGAAAAGUCACAAUAUUCACAUUUAUUAUACAAGUUUAAUAUACAUAUAGAAAAGUACAUUCUGAAAGAAUACAGUUGUGAAUAGUUAUAUAGUACUA